GCCUUCCUUCAACAUCACUUGAAGUAGAUUCAGUUCCACACUUCCACAAGAUUUCCCUUCAAAGCCCUUUCUGCAUAUGUAGAACAACUUCGCAGUGUUAGUGGGAGAAUCCUUGGCCUAUCAAAACCCACUCGCAGAUUUGUAUUUGCAUAAGCAGGGCAUUUCUCCAUACGUGAUUGGCUUCAUCCCUUGAUCCAGUACAUUGCAUCUGACUUGACUUCUAAGCUUUCAUUUGCACAUCACUCUCCUUAGUGGAACUCUGGGAUCUAGCAAAGUUGAAAUUGUUUGCUACAAGGCUGAAGUCUGUACAUGCCUGUAUGAGGACAUGUUUACAGCACACUGUGGCUCGGAACCAACAGAGGUUCAUUUCCUGGUUGGGGAAUUGUGAAAGAAAGAAAAAAAAGAAGCUGAUGACACUUCCUGGCAGACAGUGGUAUCCCGCCCACCCUUGCAGUGGCAGCAUAAAACUUUUCUCUGGCUAAAGAUUCAUUACAUAGUGUGGGUGGACGAGUUUCUCCCCGAGGAGAGGAGAGGAGAAGUUAUAGAAGGAGAGCAUCUCAAAUCUGCUUAACUGAUUUGUGAGCAAGUGGAUGUGACUUGAAGAAGCAGGAUUAUAUUAUAUCUAAGAAGCACAAACAGAACAAUUGAACACAAUGGCCAAUAUCAGCUCAACAUCUCUGCCUGUUUUUGAUGCCAUAAAGGGCAUUAAUGGAACCCUAAAUAAAAUGGUCUCAACAAAGAAGAACACAACCUGUUAUGAUCCAGGACUGGAUGAGGAAGUGCUUAUUUUUGCCAUCUUCACAAUGCUUUUUUGUGUUUUGGGGAUUUUGGGGAAUGGACUUGUCAUCCGGCUGCUUGGCUUUGGUAUUAAGAGAAAUACGUUUGCCUUUUACAUUCUAAACCUGUCCAUUGCUGACUUUGGUUUGGUCACAGCUGAACUGACAAUAGAAAUCCACUGGCUUUUUGAACACGUGUACUGCGAUUUCCCCUAUGAAUUGUUCCAAAGUGUCUUCCUCUUUAUGUAUAGUGCAGGCCAAUUUCUGCUAACGAUCAUCAGCAUUGACAGAUGCGUGUCUGUCCUCUUCCCGAUUUGGUACCGAUGCCAUCGUCCAACCCACUGGUUCACCACUGUAUGUGCUGUUAUAUGGACCCUCUCCUUCGUAAUCUGUGGAAUUCACUUCACUCUUACACUUACGACCGGCUUUGGAAAAGCCCCCCUAAUGUACCAGUUUAUUGUAAAUGCCGUGGUUUGUCUCCCCCUCAUGACAAUCUCCAGCCUGACCCUGUUCAUCAAAGUUUAUCUUAUAUCCAAACAAAAGAUGCGAGGACAGCUUUUAAUAGCCAUCUUGCUUACUCUCCUUUUCUUCUUGAUCUUGGCUUUUCCACUGAAUGCCUUUUACUUUACUAUUUAUUUGUUGCAUAACAUACAUCCAAAUCUUGUGCAUUACGGCUAUUUAUGUGCCUGUAUAAACAGCAGCAUUAACCCACUGAUCUAUUUCUUGGUUGGGAGACAGAGGAAGGGAAGCACCAGGAAGACCAUGAAAGAAAUAUUGCAGAAGGUUUUCAAGGAGGAAGACAACUGCUCAACAGAUAUGGAAACUUCUGAAAGUAAGAUCUGAUGCCCUCAAGAAUGAUAUUGUGUUGGUUUGCAUGUAGCCUUCUUUUGAUCUGCACUGAUCAUGGACUAUGGUUGUGGAAUGUGCAUAGAAUGUAAGCCUUCAGCUGCAUGCAGAUAUUUAGCACUGAGGGCCAGAACUUGAUCUGUAGUAUGUGACUUGGUGGAUUUCUUCUUGCAAGGAGGAUUUGAUACCUUAAGAGACCAAUAUCCUUUUGUUGUGCCUUCCAAGGAAGGCUCUAGGUACAGCUUCCUUCCUAAUCUUCCUUUCACAAGAUACUUUGAAAUGCAUAUCUCAUCAGAUCCAGCCAGCAUGGCCAAAGAUCCAGGGUGAUGGGAAUAGCAAUCCAAAGUGACUGAAGGAGACUACACUGGGGAAGGCUGCUUUUGCCCAAAAUUCAUUGGAUUUGGAGGUAGAAAACUACAAAGUGAGGGACACAACCUGUAAUUCUUGUUCAAAGGACAGUCUAUUCUUUGAUGGCACUGAUAGAAAGGAUGCCCAUGGAAAACAGGGCAAGACACAUUCAAAGACUUCACAGUGGACCUACAUGUAAUAUCAGUGGACACGUAUCCUUCACAGUUAAGAGCCAGGAGACUGUGAUUCAUCCUGCCUUCACUGCCUUGCUUGAUCAUAUCCAGAGAAGAUCUGAACUGUUUUGUGAGGAUGAAGACAGAAUUUAAUUUAAGUUAAACUCAUGCCAUGUAACAUAAACCAUCUUUUUUUUCCAAGGAAAUGUUUGAGGACUGCACCAAAAAUGGGACUCCUCAAGAUAAUUUAGAUUUUGUUGAUUUUUUUUCUUUCCUUCAAUUGGGAGGUGAAAAGAUUUCUAUUCAGACAAAUGUCAACAUCUCAGCUAAUUGCAGAUGAACUAGCUUUUUAUUAUGGCAAAUGUUACUUGAUUCUUAUUGAUGCAUUAUAAUAAUUUAUUGGGUGUGUUUUUAUUCAGUGAACUUGCAUGUUGUAAUUUGCUGUUUAAUCUGCAUGUCAUUAGUCACACCUUGAGCGCCAUUUCUGUUGCUAUGAUGGGUCACAAAUUUGGUAAAUAAAUCAUUACCUUUUCUCUGAU